UUUGCUAGAGUAGUUUUAGUUCUUUCAUCUUAAUUUGGUUUGCUAAAUAAUAAACUGAAGCUGAGUAAUAGUAACUCUAGAGACCCGUGGAUUCGAUAUUUAUCACUUGAGCCACUAUACUGCAGUCCCUUCCAUUGGUUACACUUGGCCAUUGUUAGGUGUUGUGUUUUUGGAGUGUCAAGUUUUUGGCGCCGUUGCCGGGGACUUUCUAGAGUAUUAGGAAAGGCAGAAGUUUGUUACUUUAGCGUUUUUCGUUUCUUUUCUUUUCCACCCUUGCUUUUCACUUGGGUGUUUUUGUUUUUGUUGGUGCAGAUCUGAAUCAUGGAUCCUCGUGGCUUCUCCAAUCAUUGGGGGUAUCCACCACCAUCUGGGUGGUAUUACCCCGAGACUCCGUGGAGCAAUCAAGGCGGAGAAGACUAUGGAUUCGGGUUCCAGUACCAACCCCCUUACUACGGAGAACAACCGGACCCCUGGGCAUAUCAAGAACAACCUCAUUACCAAGAAGAAUUUCUCCCACAACCAGAAGAGCCAUUGGAGCUGGAGUUACCCAUGGCGGCCUUCACGGGCCAUUCUGCAGAGCCAUGCUACACUCCACAGCCAGAUCCACACUAUGAUUUGAGGCUUCUCAUGGAGAGAUCAUGCUCCAGUAUGGAUCAUUGUGUCCAGGCCUAUCGUGAAACAGAGGGGAUCCUCCUGAGCCUUAAGAAGAGCGUCGAUGAUCUUGAGCGAUCUUGGGCGCAACCUGCUCCAGAUCACCCUUCUGCUACCAUACAAGAAGAUGAGGAGGAAGAAGAAGGCUACAAGGACAUUGUGGAGCACACUGAAGUUGUCACGGAGAGCUCCCGUGAUGGUCAUGAUCAAGAGUGUCAUGUCGUAGCCGACCACACCUUCCCACACCCCAAACUGAGCUUUGAAGAGGCGGGCAUGAGUGAGGAGAUGCAAGAAGAUCUCAUGAAAGAAAUUGCUUGGCAACUUGCUCUCCAAUCCGUGCUAGAAGAAGAAGAGCAAGAAAGGGUGGAGAAAGAAGUUGUGGAGGAUGACGAAAGUGAAGCUAGAGGAGUUCUUGAUCAUUUCCCAGGGGUGAUACCACAUGAAGAAGGAAGGGAGGUUGAAGAAGCAAUUGGCGUCCAGGCUGAGGACGGAGUUAAGGUGGAAGAGGCCUGCACCGGCCAUGAGUUACAUGUGAUAUCUCCACCAAACUUCGAGGAACUGCUUAGCAAGGACCCAUUUGCAGUGUCUCUUUGCCAGACCAAGGCCACCUCGACAUCGGUCCCUCUUGGUGGACGCGAUGGUGGCCAAUCGAUGCUGUCAUAUCUGGUUUGGGGCAAUGAGACGAGAGAAGAGAAAAAGAGGUCUCGAGGGUGGAGACUUCAUCUGCAUCAAGUACAUGAGCCUUCAUCACCUGCCACACCACAUGCUCGUGACUUGAGACUCCACCUCAUCGACGAGAACCUCAACUUCAAGGAGGUUCUAGCAUGUACCGAAACUUAGGAGCCAUCGUCCGGCUCACGACGUGAAAGAAGCGCUUGUUGGGAGGCAACCCAACCAGUCGGUUUGCAUUUCUGUCUCUAUUUCUCCUCGGUUGAGUCAGUUUGCUAUUUGAUUUUAGAGUCAAUAACUCAACCUUUGUGAGAUUUUGUGUGGUGUUUGUGUUCUGAUUCCUCUCUCUUUCUGGAUGGCACCGCCUGACCCGUUCAUCAUCAUUCACCCUUGAUCUGGUAACUUCGUUCUACCCUCCUUAUCUUUCCUCCAUUGAGGACAAUGUCGUGCUUAAGUGUGGGGGGAUGUUCGAUUAUGUAUGCGGGUGAAUGUUUGGCUGUUUGUGUGCUUGGAGCCUAGUCCACUGUCCAAAUUUUUAAAUUUGAGGGCUCCAAGCACGUGUUCCAUGCAAUUGCCUGCUCAGUAUGCUUUGAAUUGACAGUCUUUAUAGUAAUAUGCAACCUAGGGAGGUAGUGUAGCACUAUGGAGGAUGUUGAUGCAUUUAAGAAGUCUCAUUUCUUCUUCAUAUAAAGUUGGUUGAUUGAGUGAAUUAGUGAUCUUAGGACCCUUGAAUUGUGUGGUGUUGUGGUUUCUCUGCCUGUCAUGGACUCUUGUAUCAUGUUUUGAGUUUAACAGGUGCUCGAAAAUGUGCUUCAAAAUAACGUCUCCCGUGCGAAUAGGGCGAAAGUGUGUAAGGGGAGACGGGAAUUCGUUCCCAAUUUCCACCUACUACCUCCAGCCCCCUUACAUGUCUUUCCCCUGCACGAGGCUCGAGACAUCCGCUCCUGGCAUGGCCGGUAAGAGCAGGUUGGGACCCUUGAAAGAAAAAAAAAAGGAAAAAAAUAACAGAAAACAAGCAAAACAGAAAGAAAAGGGGUUCCAACCAUCUUCAAGAAGAAAAUAGAGCACCUUGAAAAAUGUGAGUCCAUGAUCCUUUGUUUUUGAGAAUCUCUGCAUCCACAAUUCAUUUGUCCUCUGUUCACUAUUUGCCAUGAUGCCGACUCGAUACUAGUGCUCUCGCCGAAGAAGCUAUGAGAUGACUUGUGUGUCGGUUGACCUCGUAAGUUGCUAAAUGAUCUAGGAAGUCCUCUACCUACGAUCUGGGGUGUUUGUUGCUAUAGAGGUCUGAAGAGUUGCAUUGGUUUGAGUUAGGUUUGCUUGGGGACAAGCAAACAGUUAAGUGUGGGGGGAUUUGAUGACUCGGUAUUUGCACAUGUUUUCCCCUUUGUUUCUUGAUUGUCUGAGCUUGAAUUAUUGCGUCUUUGGCCUAUUUUAUGCUAGGUUGUAUUCCUUUGUCCCAUUUCAGGUCCUAGCACAUAAAGUGAAGCAUAGGCGCAAGUUUCAAGUCAAUCAGAGAUCAAUUGACGAUUCGAGAGAAGAAACUCGGGCAUGACCUGAAGAAGAAUGGAUUUCUACCUCACUUUAUGGACAAAGAAUCAUGCAAGCUUGUUAUGAAACGAAAGAGGACGAGACUACGAGCGUCUUUGAUCAAACGGCGACUGAUUCGGAGUCCGGACGAGGGAGAAACGAAGCAUUAAACAGAGGCGGAGCAAGCUGCACGGGCAGACCAGGGAGGUUGCACGGCCGUGCACGUGAGCAAUAUGGCCGUGCGCCUUAUGCCGAGGACACGCACGGGCAACCCCUGAAGCUCGCACGGCCGUGCACCCUGGCCGUGCGAGAGGGCUGAAGUUCGACUAAAUGACACGCUGCGUU